AAAUUAACGACCUCAAGCGCGCGGUUUCGAAAGAUGAUAUAUCCUUCCUGACGGCUUGCAGUAUUUUUACUUCCCAAAAUGGCUGAAGACAGCAAUGAAUUUGGUUCCCGGCUGGAGGAAAUUCAGUCAAGUAUUGCAGAAGGAAGGUUGAUGCUGAAUGUUCUUCGUUCACUUCCAACCACUGAGAAUAAUGAUGCGUUCAUAUUUCGUUUUGAGGAUCUGAUCAGUAGACUAGAAAGUUAUCAAUUUCACAACAGGAAGAGCGAGGUGAAAGAUGUGAAAUUACAGUUGAGGACACUCAAGGAGCAACAAGACAGAAUUCAAUCUCUCCUUGAUCAGACAGCAACUAGUGUACAGGAUUCUGCUUUAUCUGUAGCACCUGGAGGAUCUUCCGGUGAUACCCAAGCACCUGUUGCGUUUUCAGAUUCCGCGUCAGCAUUGCUUUCCAAAUUUGAGUCCUUACUAACCAAUGGAAAUAACCAAAGUUGUCAAAAAGAUGGUGAUCGCGUUUCUUGUAGUGUUGAUUGUCCACGCAACCUUAAACCAAAACAAGAAAGAGGGGAUACUUCCCAAGAAAAUGAUAAACUACCGGCUCCUAAUACUAAACUAUUAUUGAAACCUUUAAGUUGUGAGGAAUCGAAAGAUUUAUCUACCCAGUUUCAUAUGCAUCUAUCUGAAUUGCAAAGAUUGAUUGAAGAAUCAGGAAGAUUCGAUGGAAUGGUAAAGCGGCUUGUAUUAAUAACAAGUAAAGCCAAUCUUGGUGAAUCUACAAAAUUGUUGGCCGAUAUUUCGAAGCGAUUCUCUGAGCUUCAAAUAAGUUUUAAUUCAUUGAAAGAAAGUUACAAUUCACUUCACAAUGAACCUCAACUUCCUCCUGAAUUAUACAAAAUUCAGCUUUCCAGUUUUCGUGAACUUCUCCACAGUCUUAGCCGUAGUUUUGAAUCAACCAAAGAAUGCUUUUACACCAUUCAUCAUCUUGUCAAAGCUACUAUUGAACAACAACUGGCGAAUGGCACACUUCAGGAUAUAGAUCAAAGUGAUGACGAGAAUAAUUCAACUUUACCCGUUAAUCCAACUGAUUCUGUUAUUGUACAAGAUAACAAUAUGGAACUAAAUACAAACAAACAAAUUAAUGAUGAACACAUUGAAGAUGUGGAUCCUGAAUUUCUAACUCAAAAAGCCUAUUUAUUAGCAUUACAACAGCGUACUGCUCACGAAAAAGAAGAAAUUGCAAAAUUACUACAACAAAGAGAUGAACUAGCUGGACGUUUGGCAUCACUUAAAGCAGCUGCUAGUAGAGCAUCAUUUGAUACUCCUGUUAAUUCUGGUGACUUGGUCGUAUCAACUCAAACUGAUAUGGAGUCAGAAAAUGAAAAUGAGCGUAAUGGUGGAUCAAUCAAUGUUUCACUUGACAUACUGUCUAGUCUGGAAACUAAGAAACGUGAGUUAAAUGAACUAAAAGCUCAACUUGAGCUUCUUCGCAAGGCUGAAGCUAAAAUCACCAAAUUUACACCGGUUCUACAAGCUUCGAGAGAUAAGCAUGAUUCAGAAGUUGCUCCUCUACCGCAAGAUGCCUUGGACAAUAAGCAACUCACUCCUGCAUUACAAUCCGUUCUUCCAGAAGUCGUUUCAUCUCGGACAAGAUUCGCAGUUUAUAAAAACGACUCUAGUGAUCCAACAAAUACAGAACCCACUGGAAAUGUCUCAUUCUCAUCAGAUUUAUCAAACAAAGCUGAUUCUGUAACUUUUCAGCAGCCAGAGGUGACCUGUAUUGACAAUACCGAGCGUUUGUAUGUUAAUAUGCGUGAAGCACGAAUUCAGAUAGAAGAACAACGGAAUCGACAAGAUCGAAGCACUUCAACUAUAGUCAGUAGUAUCAGCUCUAGCGCUCAGAAACCGUUGCAGCAUGUCAGUUGUAGCGGUGCUUCUGUUGCAACUAGUCAAGAUCGAACAACUCUGGCAACUUGGGGUGGAUCUUCACCUGUCCCUUCUUGUUCAUCCGAAGCUUCUGAAGCAAGUGACGAAGGAGAUGGAGUUAGUGUUUCUGACUCGUUACCUCCAAGUACUUGUCUUUCAGUGUCUGCAGUUAAUAAUGCUCCUAAUAUUAUUCAAUCUGUUCCCUACGGACAUUCGAAAAGUACCACCAGCUCUGUUGCAACCAAUUCUUUGGAUAUGCCUCGGGAACCAGGUUCAGUAAUCAAGAGAGCAUCAAGAAAAUGUGAAAAUAUUCAUAGAAAUAAUUCAGAUAAUAUCUAUGCUUCUACUACUGAUGAUGAUCCAUAUAAAUUAUCACUUCCACAAGUUGGUCGAAGCCCAUCUCCUCCAUCUCAUCACAAAAAUAAAUCGGGUAGCACCCAAACGCAGGAUAAUUUAAACAACUUAAUUGAUCCACGUUUACACUCACAACAAAAUUCAUUUGAUGAACGCAUAAAUGCUUCUACUAACCAGAAUACAGGAGUUCUGGGUCAUAUAGUUGUUGCAUCGAAUUGUAAUGACUUUGAUGAUGGUCGAAUGUCCGAUCUGUCUAGUGCUAUAACCAAUGAACGGAUUCAACGUUUAGAAACAAAUGUGGCUCAGCUUUAUCAAGUAUGUCGUUGUUUAAUGCUCGAGAACUCUCAGUUGAAUUCUACAGUUACCCAGUUAAUGUUACAUAACUCAUCUAAUCAGCCUAUUUCAUCAGUUACAUCUUUGGAGCCGUCCAUUUCAACUCUUGGAUCUAUCGCCUUUCAUCAGUGUGAAUGUAGUUCAUCUGUUCCAAGUUAUAACCAAAUAUUAUUAACUGACUCCGCAGCAUCCUACCAAGCAAUGCUUUAUAGACAAGAGCAUCCAACAAAGAAUUUACCUUGUCCUUUGAAUUCAUGUCCGCGAAGCUCUGUUGUAUAUCCUCCUCGUUUAAGAGAUACUGACCAGCCGAUUACACAAAAUGGUGCUCAUGAUGUUCCUCAGAUCCAGCUGCUUAUCAAUCAAAUUAUGCAACAACAGUCUAAUCUUACUCAAUUGCAAUUGGAACUUCAUCGUUUGACUCGAUCACAGACACAAAUUAAACCACCACUUCUUCCUACUGAUGGUCGUUUCCAUGGAUCUUUACAAUCUCAUCCAGAGAAUGCUGGGUUAAAUUUUCCAUCUGUUACUGCUCAUUUACUACCGGGGACUACAGGAUUUCCUCCGCCUGUCAAUGAGUCGAUUGGACGUCAAAUUAAUUUUACAGGAACCACUAAUUCUCCUCAAGUACUUGGAAACCCUCUCAUUUCACCUCAGACUUUGUCGGCUAACUGGUCUUUGACUACUGUUCCAAAUGUUUACCAGUGUUCCAGAGAAGGUCAAAGGCCACUUGUACAAACUGCAUCUAUUCCGAGUUCUUUUUUACCAACUGAUCCCAGUGCAAAUUUAACAUCGCCUCAUAGUUCUUCUAUUAGUCAAAACAACAUUGGUUUCAAUAGACAUAUCUAAAGAUGAAUCAGAAAAUAUCUCAUAUCGUAAUGUUUGAUCUCGAUUUGGUAAUCAAUUUUAAACACAAUUAAUUUUAUUGUUGCAUUUAGUUUUAGCAUUUUCUAUUUUAUCCCUUAUCUUAUUUUCACAAAAAAAUGUGUACGUUUCUUUUUAGUAUGUAACAAUGUGCUUAGAUUUAAUUGUUUCGUUUUAUGCUCAUUCUAUAUUUCAAACAUUGACAACUAUUUUUAACCGAUUCAAUAAAUCCUCUUUAUGUGCUCAUUAUUUUAACAUUUAUUUCUAUUAAAAAAAAAUAAUUUUAAUUCUUUUGUAGUUAAUUUAUUAGCAUCUCCUACAGUCUUCAUAUUCUUAACCCGAAAAACAAAAAAAAAUUAGAAAACAAAUUAGUUGUAAUUUAAUUCCCCCCCCCCUAAUGCAUUAUCUAUUACAGAUUAUCUGUUUUAUGGUUUGUGUUUUCCUUAUUAUUAUUAAUAUUAUCUUAUCAACACUCAAUGCAUUAAAAUAAAGAUGAGAUGUUGUGACUUUUUGUUCAAUCAUCUUGUUUGUUUUACGUAUUUAUUAUAUACUCAUUGAAUUAAGUCAUUAAUAU